ACUCAGUUGAAGUUUGGAAACAAACCGACGAUUAAUGCGAAAGUGAGUCAAACGGUUACUCUUAAUCCGACACAAAAGGCACAGAAAAUCAUAGGAAUCGGGGGUUCGAUGACAGACAGCACCGGAUUCAACAUCAGAGCACUUCCUGAAGCCCUUCAGAACCACUUAAUUAAAGACUACUUUUCCAAUGAGGGACUCGAAUACAACUUAAUCAGAGUUCCCAUCGGAGGCUCAGACUUCUCAACCCAUGCAUACAGUUAUGAUGACAACCAUAAGGAUGACUUUGAGUUAACACAUUUCAAUCUCACUGAUGAUGACCGCAAUUAUAAGAUACCUUACAUGAAAUCUGCAUUAAAAGUGAGUCCCCAUAAAAUUAAAUUCUUUGGGAGUCCGUGGGCAGCCCCUGCCUGGAUGAAAAAUAAUAGUGAACUGGUUCAUGGCGGGUACCUCAUUGGACAGCCGGGUGAAAAAUAUUAUAAGACCUUUGCCAAAUAUUUCGUUAAGUAA